UGUGUCUCUCUCUAUUUGGAGGCGGUGGGUGUUUUUUUUGUAGCUCCCUCCCCGUUGAGUCGUGGACGUGAGUGGUUGCGCUUGCAAGCUUUCAUGGAGCGCGUGUCCAAAGCCCAGAAUGGAAUAUCAUUAUGAGAAUUUUUUCAUGUGUACCUGUUCAGAUGAAUUACACUAAACACCAUAAACAUAGCCUGGUUACACAAAAGCCACAAAUAUCUUUUUGACUACUUCAACAAAGAACCAGUGAUUAAUAAUUUUUGGCUGGUUCUGAAUUGUUUUAAAUAAUGGACAACCUGUUACUGAAUAGUAUUAGAUGUUAUUCUGGACAUCACGAAAUCCGACCUGUAGCGUGGAAGGAACGAUCAAACCAGUGUAAACCUUUGCAUGGUCUCGUGGGCUUUAGUCAUCAGCGAAAUCUGUGUAUUUGUAAGACAAUAUCUAGUAGUCUUCUGCCCAAGAAUAUCAUUGAUAGACAAUUUAAGAGCAGCAAAUAUUGUACUCCAAAUUCUAUAAAGCAUGGUAUCUUUUCAUCAAAGCCAUUAUUACAGAAGCAAGCAAGGAUCAUAAGGAUGGAGUUCCGCAGUGACAGUGGUAAUGACUCCAAGACUACUCUUACAAGUGAAACCAAAACUCCUGGCUGGAGCUUUUUUGACGACUCAAGCAAUAUGUUCAAGGCAGAUGAUCUGGGCAAGGACAUCGUCAUGAUUGCUCUACCAGCAGUGCUAGCAUUGGCAGCUGAUCCUAUUGCGUCUUUGGUGGAUACUGCAUUCAUUGGACAAAUAGGCCCGGUGGAGCUGGCUGCUGUUGGUGUCUCUAUAUCAGUAUUUAACCUAGUCUCCAAGGUAUGCAACAUUCCUUUGUUGAAUGUUACAACGUCAUUCGUGGCAGAGGAUGCCUCGGAGGAGUCGUCUGGUGUUGACGAUCUCACGAAGUUUCAGGAAUCAGAGUCCACCCCAUUGCUGAGUGCAAAUCGUAGUCAGGCUUCCAAACCUCGCCCUGUUGAUAUCUCGGAAGAACAGAAGCGCUUUCUUCCUGCAAUUUCGUCUGCUUUGGUGCUCGGUAUCGCCCUUGGAGUUGGAGAGGCAUUCAUAUUGGCUUUCUUAGCGGGUCCUAUUUUGAAUGUUAUGGGAGUUGGCGUGGCAUCCCCUAUGCACACUCCAGCUUUAGAAUAUUUGGCUUUGCGUGGUCUUGGAGCACCUGCUGUGGUGGUGGCUCUUGCCAUUCAAGGUGUUUUUCGCGGUUUCAAAGAUACAAAGACCCCAUUGUACGCUAGUAUCGCAGGGAGCUUUGUCAACGUUUUUUUGGAUCCUGUUUUAAUGUUCUCCCUCCAUCUCGGUGUUGGUGGGGCUGCAGUUGCUACAGUAGUAUCAGAGUAUUUUAUUGCAAGUGUACUUUUGUGGAAAUUGAAGCAGCGUGUUCUUCUAUUUCCAAAACGGUGGGAAGACUUAAAAUUCGGCCGUUUCUUGACAUCUGGUGGUUAUUUGAUCGGACGGACCAUUUCGCUAUUCGCAGUUUUCACGUUGGGUACUUCUAUGGCUGCUAGGCAGGGAGCCAUUCCCAUGGCUGCUCACCAAAUUUGUGUGCAGAUUUGGCUAGCAGUAUCACUUCUCUCAGAUUCCUUAGCACUCGCUGGCCAGGCUAUCAUUGCUGGUGCCUUUGCCAAAAACGAUUAUAAGCUUGUCAAGGAGGCUUCCAUCCGAGUAUUGCAGAUUGGACUUGGCCUUGGUGUUGUUUCGGGAUUAGCCCUUGCAAUUGGCAUGCCUACUUUCACAAGCGUGUUUACGGAUGACGAGACUGUGUUGUUUUACGUUGGGCUUCUUAUCCCGUUUGUUGUCGUAACACAACCAAUCAACGCGCUGGCUUUUGUGUUCGAUGGUCUUCAUUAUGGAGCUUCGGAUUUUGAGUAUGCGGCUGUCUCUAUGAUGGCGAUAUCCGUACCCUCGAUAUCAGUCUUGUUACUUUUCCCAAAUUAUUGGGGUAUUUCUGGAGUAUGGGCCGGACUUACCACUGUCAUGACCCUCCGCAUGGUUGCUGGAUUUUGGAGGAUGAAAUCUACAACUGGGCCUUGGCGGUUUCUCAAUGGCGAGACUUAUGAGACAGAGGACGAGCUAUGAGUACCUUCUCUUGGUUAAUCAGAGCAGACAGUUCAAUUUUACGAUUUCACAUAUUAACAUGAAAUACUCUCUGUAAUGCAUGGAGGCGCGUCUAAUAUUAUGUGUCUACACACAUAGUCGCAGUAACUUUGCAUCGCCUAAACAACACAAAGUGUACCAAUUCUUCAUUCAAUCGCUUCUCAACAGCAGGUCCGAACAUCAACACAAAUUCCUAGGGCUUCUUUGAAGUCCCAUACAAGCCGAAGUACUUGUAACUUCUCAUGCUUCAUAGAAACACUCGGGUGAGUUAAAGUUAACACAUUCAUCGUGUCAGAGGAGUACGUACCUUGUUCGAAUUUCUUAUCAUCUAAUUUUCUCAAACUUGGGGGCAUCUACAGCAAUAUGCUACGGAUUUAAAUUCCAGAUUUUAGAUUCAGGAAGUUGAUUAUUGCAGAUUUGUGGACAUAGUAGUUUCACUUGAACAUUAUUUCUUCCCUCCAUGAAUUUUAGAACAUGUAUUACAGAAUGCAUGGUUCUUGGAAGGGUCAGUUUUAUUUCCCCUAUAUUAUAUCAAUAACAAGCUUCUGUAUAUUGCCUAUA